UGGCAACACUGUGAUCUCCAGGUAUCUAAGCUCUAUGACAAGUGUAGGAUGACAGUUCCGUCAUACGAGAAGAUAUAUGUGAUGCGAAAUGGCUGUUAUAUUGUUCUGUAAAUCGUUUUAAGUAACACACAAAGUCGAAGUGAUUCCGAGAUCGCGACGUGCUGAAUUUUAAGACGGACGUGUCAUGCCUCGAGAAUCGUGGCAUUCGAUAAUCGUCGAAUUUAAGUCACGCGUACGCUGUGUCUGACGCUGACUAUCGGCACAACCUGUUUCUCGCAUUUACGAAGUUAAAGUUAAAACAAAUUUCUGGAACAAGUAUUAAAUGUUGAAACGUGAAUCUCAUUGAUUACUUGACAUUAGUGUUGUACGUCGAGAGCCGUGUUUUACUUAUGUAGAUUAUUGUAUAUUAAUUAAUUAAUGGAAUCGUAUAUACGGUCAUCGAAAAUCGGAUAUCUGUUUGAUCAAGUUAUUUAGUGAAAACACAAUUGGAAACGUUUUGUGACGCCAUGGAAAAGUUUAUGAUCGACUUGGAUAAAGUUCUCAAUGACUUCGAAUUCAAUGAAGAUUGUGCAGAGCAAAUAGCAUCAGUAGCAAAUUCUACAAUUACUGUAUCAGCUGUGGAAAAAUGUGCUAACGAAUCUGUACCUUCGAGAACCAGUCAUCUUAAUCCCGAGAAAGAUGUAUCAAUCGAUGUAGUAUCACCUGUUGAAAAACACAAAGAUACUCGACCAUUAGAAAUUGAUUCCAAUUAUUCGUCGAGUGAAAAGAGCAUAGUAUUUAUAUCAGAUAGUAAAGAUUCUGUAAGUAACCUCUAUACGCAUGAUUGUAUUAAUGACAUCAAAACUGGACAGAAACCAUGUGUUUAUACUCAUGAUUCUGAUCAAGUGUCUUUAACAAUGUAUAAUGACAUAUCACACAAUUCGAUGCAGAAACAAUUGAAUACAAAUAGCGAUUCAAAAGAUGUUGAUAGGUACGACCAAAAGUUAAAUCAACCAAAUUUCAAGCCUAGUAUUAGCAAUGUGUUUAAUAGUUUAAAUGAAUAUAUUAAUGCUCCCACUGGAAGUUUAAAUUACAUUGAUUCUAUAUUAGAUAAAACAGAUGAUUUAUCUAAAAAAUCCACAGAUACUAUAGCGGGGAAAGAUUUUAGAUCAAGUAGAGAUGUGACGAUUAAUGAACGUUCAGUAUCAACAGAGAAAGAAGUAGUAAACUUAACAGACAAAAAUUCUUUAGAGCAGAAAAAUAUUUUACCGCUAGAAUCGAGUACAUUUGUUGAAGUUAAAAGUGGUAACAAACAGGAUAAUACAAUACAGAAUGUUACAUUUCUUCAUUCUACUCUACAAUCUGAAGAAAAUAAUAGCGAUACUACAAUUUCUAUAACGAAUACGGCCAUCUCAAAACACAAUAAUAAUAAUAUUAUUGUAGAUACAAAACCAUCUACUAAUAAAAAUGAUAUUGAUAAAAAAGUUAAUGAUUACACGUUAACAGAAAAUUCUGAUAAUAUUAUUAGUAAACAGAAGCAAUUAAAUUUGGACAGUCGAGAUUCCAUUGAUAAAUAUAUGUUUGUCGAAACUAAAGAAAACAUAGUGGAGAAUGUUAUAAAAUUGAAUAAAAAUCUUCCGAAGAAUGAAAAUUAUGAUAAAAAUGUAGAAACAGCUAUGGAUAACAGUGUUUUUUCUAAUGUACAUACGACAUAUACAAUUAAUACCAAUGAUGAUUUUUCUGAAGAAGAACUAAACCAAUAUUUGUUGGAAUUAGAAAAAGAAGAAAGUUCUAAGAUAGAAAAAAUAUCACAUUCAGAUGAUACUUGGUUGCCAAAAUCAUAUAAUGAAUUGACAAGUAACAAAGAAAAGAAUACAACUCAAUGUCAACAAGAUGACGAAGAUGUUAACGAAGCGCCAAUAUUUGAGAAAAUUAUGAUUGGUGAACUUCCAAAAAUAUCACAAGAAGAAUUUCAUGAGAAAACAAAGAAAUUUUCUGUAAUUGAUUAUAGCACAGAUGUAUGCAAUGAAAAUGUAAUGGAUGCAAAGUGUAAUAACAUAGUAAAAAUUACUUCGCAUGAAAAAAGUAAUCAACUAAAAGAUGUACAAAAUAACGAGCUAGACAAAAUGACAAAAGAUAAUAUAAUUGAAAGUCAAGAUGUAGUGGUACAAGAGAGUACGUUACAAGAUUUAUCGCGUAUUGCCAUUGAAGAAAAAGUGACAUCAAAAUUUGAACAUAUUGGAGGACAGUUGUGUAAUAAUAGUAACAAUAUUAAUAUAACACAAAAAUUACAAGAUUCAACUGAAAGUACUUUAUCACAGAAUGACAAAAGUGAUGUUUUAUUAAAUUUAUCUGAAAACAAACAGGAUCAUGACAAGAAAGUAUAUUAUCAAGAUAUUACUGAUAAUAGUAAAGAAGAUGUACACGAAACUAAAAUACAUAACAGUGAGAAGAUUUCCAAAAUGGAAACUGUAUCUAAAAUUGCUGAUGCUUGUGCAGUCUCUCAUGUGAAGGAAAAUGAUCAGGAAGCCGAGAAACCAACUCGACCUCAAACAUUGGAUAUUGUUUUAAUACAUAAAGAUGAUUCUCAUACGCCUGAAUCUUCAAGCGCCGUACCAGGGGAAUUAGUAGAACCUUCAGAGAUUGAUGCUACUGUUGAUGAAGAUCGGGGUGCUUCAUCAGAUAUUUCCGAUAAUUCUUUAGUUGAAUGUAAUACAGUAUUGGGAAAACAGCCUCCAUUUUGGGUUCCGGAUAGUGAUGCACCUAGUUGUAUGUUGUGCGAUGUUAAAUUUACUGUACUUAAAAGACGUCAUCAUUGCCGUGCUUGUGGUAAGGUAUUAUGUAAUAAAUGUUGCAAUAUGAAAUAUCGAUUGGAAUAUCAGGGAAACAUCGAUUCUCGUGUUUGUGUCUCAUGUUAUCAUCUACUCACAAAAGCAGAAAACGAACAGAAUAGUGAUUGGUCAGCCGGCUAUAAUUCAUAUACCGAUUGUAGCAAUGCUAAUUCCGCACAGGUGAGACAGCCUAAUCCAAAUAAUCCCAUGGAGUACUGUUCAACUAUACCACCCUUGCAACAGUUAGCUGGCGCGUUGCCACCACCACCAACUGUGAUGGUACCUGUGGGUGUUCUAAAGAGAGAAGGUUCAAAGCAUCGUGCAGAAGGACAGAAAUCUGUAAUGUUUAGUGACGUUAUCGACUUUGCUCUUGCAGGUAAUACAAUGACGGAACUCGGAUUUUCAAUAUAUCAAGGUACUAAUUUGUUGGGUUCACGCGAACACGCGGGAUUUCUUUUUAUUCGCCAGACAUUGCAAUGUUUACAAAAGAUUAUUUUACCGCCUGCACCUUUUUUGAUUGGACUCUUGAUUCACAGAUGGGAAACUCCUUGGGCUAAAGUAUUCCCAUUAAGGCUUCUGUUACGUCUCGGAGCAGAAUACCGUUAUUAUCCUUGUCCAUUGGUAUCAGUUCGUUUUCGAGAUGCAUUAUAUUUUGAGAUUGGACAUACCGUCAUGAAAGUAUUAGCGGAUUUUAGAAAUUUCAGCUAUACUUUGCCAGGAGUGAGGGGCUUAACGAUUCAUCUUAAAAACCGUACGACGGAUGUUAUGUUUCCUAGAAAUCGAUACGAUCAAGUUAUAAAAGGGCUUCAUAAUUCGAACGAUCACGUCUUAGCUUAUGCUUCGAACUUUAGUAUAACUGCUGAUUCACAUUUAGUUUGCAUACAAACAAAUACUGGUGAUGAAAGCAGCUAUCAAACGCAAGCGAUAAAUAUUCACAACAAACCGAGAACAGUAACUGGCGCCAGUUUUAUUGUCAUCAAUGGUGCUCUGAAAUCUUCAAUGGGACUUUCUGCUAAAUCUAGUAUCGUCGAGGAUGGAUUAAUGGUUGAAAUAAUGCCAGAAAAAAUGGAAGCAUUGAAAGCUGCUCUUAAAAAUAUGCAGGAUUUUUCGAUCGGUUGCGGACAUCAAGGAGCAUUGGAACCGGAUGAGACUGUAAACAUAAAGUGGGUCGACAAUGACGUACUAUUUAACUUGGGAGUCAAAAGUCCUAUUGAUGGACAAUUGAUGGAUGGUAUACCCUCUAUUAGAGUACAUAAUGGCAUCGAUUAUAAAGGUGCAACUCGAUUCAUACGUUGGACAGAAGUAUUCAUUAUAAAAUCAGAUGAUCAUUCAAAUGGUGUAAAUGAACCUGUGGAUAUAAAUAAACUAUCUAGCAGUAUAGCAAAAGCAACGUGUGCAGCAUUGGUUAAGUUAUUGGAUCUUCUUGCAACAGCAGGUUUAACGAAACUUGGUGUUCGAACAACAAUUCAUCCAGAUAAUGUGGGCUAUGAAGCUGGAAGUGAAGGUACAAGAUUGCCGCCAAUAUAUAUGAAAAGCUUAGACAAUGAAUUAAUUCAAGUUUUACAUAAAGCUGUGCAAAGCAGUCAAGAUGCGCAUACAGUGCUUGAAUUGAUAUUUUACGUGCUUGAGGAUUAAAGAGAUAGAUUAAAGAAUGGAUGUAUAUGCUCUAUAUUUUUCGAUCUGAUGUUUUCAGAUAACAUUGAAUAACUUUCAUUCAACAUGAAAGAUGUGCAAUUGCAUUGAAUAUUAUACAGCAGUUGUAUGAUUUGUAUGUAUUAUCUUUUAUUUUGUAUAAUUUUGUUUUAUAAUUCAAGAUA